CGUUAAGUUGAUGGUUAUGGGCUAGCGUGAAGAGAUGGGUGUUUGAAACUUACAAGAAAAAGAAAUUUCGGGAGAAGGUAUUCGUGUAGACGGACCAGAGUCCGCGAAUUCCUUAUUUUCGGCGACCGGGACAAGUGAAGACCGAGCCAAACGAAAUGGUGGAAAGACACAGCUUUGGAGUAAAUCCCAUAACGUGUCAUGCUUGGAACAGAGACAGAACUCAAGUGGCUUUGUCUCCUAACAACCAUGAGGUUCACAUUUAUAAACGUCUAGAUAAUGACUGGAAGUUACUGGAUGUGUUGAACCAGCAUGAUUUACGUGUGACUGGUAUUGAUUGGGCUCCUAAAACAAAUAGGAUUGUGACCUGUGCUGUGGAUCGAAAUGCAUAUGUGUGGACUCAGGGUGAAGAUGGAAAGUGGAAACCAACACUUGUCUUGCUGCGCAUCAAUAGAGCAGCCACAUGUGUGAAGUGGUCACCACUUGAAAACAAGUUUGCUGUUGGUUCCGGAGCACGACUGAUUUCUGUGUGCUACUUUGAAAGUGAAAAUGAUUGGUGGGUUUCAAAACAUAUAAAGAAGCCCAUCCGCUCCACUAUCACAGCAAUUGAUUGGCAUCCAAACAACGUGUUGCUUGUUGCUGGAUCAACAGAUUUUAAGGUCAGAAUCUUUUCUGCCUUUAUCAAAGACAUAGAGGAAAUGCCACAACCUUCUCCAUGGGGAAUGAAGAUGACCUUGGGACAAUUACUUGCAGAGUUUCCAAAUUCAUCAGGAGGAGGAGGAUGGGUACGAGCUGUUGCCUUCUCAGGCGAUGGGAACAGAGUUUGUUGGGUGGGGCAUGACUCUUCCAUAUCCGUAGCUGAUGCAAACAAACAAAUGACAGUUAGCAAAUUACGUACUGAGUUCCUGCCAUUUCUGAGCUGUGCAUGGGUUGGUCGAAACUCAGUAGUUGCAGCUGGUCACAGUUGUUGCCCAAUGUUGUACACAGUAAAUGAUGCUGGACAGAUAUAUUUAAAUUGUAAACUUGAUCAGUCACAGAAGAAAGAAGCAGGGGGCUUAAGUGCAAUGAAGAAAUUUCAGUCUCUAGAUCGGCAGGCCCGAGUAGAGGCAAAUGAUACUACUCUUGAAACGGUUCAUCAGAAUGCAAUAACAUGCUUGUGCCUUUACACUGGGGAGAAGGGUGCUGCCACAAAAGUCAGCACAAGUGGACUAGAUGGUCAGCUUGUUAUCUGGGACUUACAGUCACUGGAGAAUGCCAUCCAAGGAAUGAAGAUAGUUUAACUGGUGAAAACAUUUGCAGAUAUUGAAUUAGGAUACAAUUAUUCUUAUGUAAUAUGUCAACAGAGUCGUCAUGGCUGCAAUAGUGCAGAUAAAAGUACUACUGCUGUUUUAGUAAUGUAAAAGUAAUAUGAUUUUUUAGCUGUUAAUGACAUAGCACAAACAUUUUUCUUUUUGUUUUGUACUAUGAAACAUGCUUUAUGAUUGUACACUGCCAUUUCUUUAAAUAUUAAAAAGGAAAUGAUUCUUUUAAGUUGCAUUUUAUUACUUUUAAUUGCUAUUCAUACACAAUUCAAACUCAUUACGAACUAAAUUAAAUAUUUGUUUGUAAGAUUGUAUCCAGCUCACUUUUCUGUCUGUCAAUCUUAACAGCUACAUUAUCAGAGUAGUAGUAAUUUCCAGCUGGGUUUCAAAGUUCAUAUUGACUACUCUAACCAUUCCAUGUAAGUGUGUUAUGUGAAACUAAAAUUCUUGUAAAAUAAAACAUAAAGGACAGGAGGAGGGAUACUGACUGUUCUGAGAGUGAUUUCAAUAAAAUUAUUUGUUUAGCAUUUCACAAGAAUAUCACAACCAGAAGAUAAACUGAAGUGUCUAGUAAUAGCAUUUCUGAGUUAUGUCUGGGCAGUGACCUGGUGUCCAGUAUUAACAUGGUGUGCUUUAGUCCCAAAAUAGAAUACAAAGAUCCUGUGAGCCAUAAUGUGUUGAUAAAUCUAUCGUGAUGUAUAAAAAAGAAUACUGACAGAUGCCUGAUGUAAAUAAAAUACAUUUAUCCAAUAUAUCUGUAUAUCUCAUUUGUUGUGAUGAAUGAAUGAAGCUUCAUUUUUAAAUAAAAAAUUAAAAUUAA